GAGCUGGGAGGAGCCUCAGCCGGAAGGCAAAGUUAGAACUGCGGAGGGAGGCGGAGGGUACAGCGGUUCCAGCGGCGACACCAUGGGGAGGAAAGUCGUGAUCUUCGGCUCCACCGGCAUGACGGGGCUCGCCACACUCUCGCAGGCCAUCGCUGCAGGUCACGAGGUCACGGUUUUGGUCCGUGACCCUGCCAGGCUGCCAGCAGAACACAAAGGGAUAAGUGUCAUCGUUGGUGACGUCCUGAAUAAGGAAGAUGUCCAGAAGGCUGUCAAGGGUCAAGAUGGCGUCAUCGUCGUUCUGGGAACCAGGAAUGAUUUGAGCCCCACGACGAUGAUGUCCGAGGGAACCAGAAACAUUAUUGAAGCUAUGAAGGUCCACAAUGUGAGGAAGAUUGUGGGCUGCAUGUCAACAUUCCUGUUAUGGGAUGAAGCCAAGAUUCCGCCUCGCCUCCUGGACUUGACCAAAGACCACCAGAGGAUGUACGAGAUGCUGAAGAACUCGGGUCUUGACUACGUGGCCGUGUUUCCACCUCACAUUGACGACAAUCUGCCCCUGACCGGGAGUUACGCCAUAGCAGUCAAUCAAAGGGGAGGCCGAGUCAUCUCCAAACACGACUUGGCACACUUCUUCGUCAAGUGCCUGACGACCUCCGAGUACGAUGGGAAGUUUGUCUGCGUUUCAGGCACUUACCAGACCUAGAGAUGCCAACCAUCAGGGGAUGGGUGACGUCCUUCAACUUUAACACAUAUCAACACAGUGAUAAAAUAAAAAAUCUGAAUCAACCAUU